AUGGCUCUAAUUGCAAAUGAUACUAAAAGCUUCACCCAUUUUGCAGAAAUAAACACAAAUGAAUGUUCCUGUAAAUUACUUGAAAAUAGUAAAUAGAUAAAUAUAAACUUAGAUAUUCUGUAUUAAGGGUAAUUGUUGGAUGAUCAAGCUUUUCACGGUUAUGGAAAAGCAAUUUUUCCUAAUGGUAUCCUUUUCAUCAUUGAAUUUAGGGGAUAUAUAUGAAGGAAAUUGGAACAAUAACUAAAUGGAUGGUUAUGGAAAGUACACAACAAUUGAUGAAUAAAUUUAUGAAGGCUUCUGGGAAAAAAAUAAGUUGAUGAUAUUAGAGAUGGUGAUUGAAUUACCAAAAUUUGAUACAUUAACAAUGAAAAAAAUGAUCGAACAAGAGAUAUAUAUCAAAUAUAAGGAAACAGAUAUUAUAAUUUUUGAUGAUGGUACAAUUUAAACAACUAUUUAGGUUCUUCGUAUAGAGGUUAAUUAAAAGAUGAUGUUUAAGAUGGUUGGGGAGUUUAAAUUUAUUUAAGUGGUAUGAAUAUUCUAAGAAAUAAUUAGGUUAAAUGUAUGAAGGUUAAUGGAAGAACGGAAAAUAUGAUGGAUAUGGUAUUAAAUAUUUUGUUAAUGGGGAUGUAUAUAUUGGACAUUGGAAGAAUGAUUAAGCUACAGGUUAUGGGGAGUACAAAUAUGUUGAGGGAGCCUUUUAUAGAGGUUAUUGGUUAAACAGUUUUAAACAUUAUUAUGGGAUCGAAUAAUGGAAUGAGAUUGCUAAAUAUAUUGGAGAAUUCUAAAAAGGAUUUAAACAUGGUAAAGGAGUAUUGACAUUUAAUGAUAAUUCAACUUAUGAAGGAGAAUUUAUUAAUGAUGAAAUUCAAGGUUAUGGAGAAUAUCAUUGGGUUGAUGGUCGAACUUAUAUUGGAGGAUGGUAUAAAAAUAAAAUGUAAGGGAAUGGAAAAACUAUAUGGCCUGAUGGUAGAAUUUAUGAAGGUUCAUAUGAUUAAGAUUUGAAAUAAGGUUUUGGUUUAUUUUGUUGGCAAGAUGGUAAGAAAUAUAUAGGAAAUUGGAUGUAAGGAAAAUAACAUGGAAUAGGAAUUAUGUAUGCAUAAAAUGGUGAUUAUAAAUUUGGAGAAUGGUUUGAAGGAAAGAGAAAAAGAUGGUUAGAUUAAGUAUAAGAUUCUGAUAUAAUUGAAGCAUUUAAAUCUGAUCAUCAAUUGUAAUAAUAUAUUCAUUUUAUUUUAGUGAAAAUAUUAAAUAGAUUGCCACUGAUAAAACUGAUGAAUCUCCAUUGAAAGGAUCUGAUAGUAUUUGGUCAAUGCCAAGAAUUAGUGAUAAACAACUUAUUAGUAGAUUUAGUUUAACAUUGGCUUAAAAAGAUGGUUAAUUUUAUAUAGGAGAAACAAUUAGAGAAGAAAGAUCUGGAAAAGGAAAAUUAUUUUCUUUGGAUGGUUCAAUAUAUGAUGGUAAUUGGUAAAAUGAUAAGAGACAUGGAUUUGGUAAAUAAGUUUAUUAAAAUGGUGAUACAUAUGAAGGUCAUUGGAUUUGUGAUAAAUAAAGUGGAAUUGGCAAAAUGACUUAUUCUGAUGGUAGUAUAUUGGAGGGGUUUUGGAAUGGUUAAAUUUUGGAUGGAUAUGGAAAAUAAACAUGGCCAGAUGGUUAAUAUUAUGAAGGUUAUUUUAAAAAUUGUUUAAGACAUGGAGAAGGAAAAUUAUUAUUUAAAGAUGGUUCAUAUUAUGAAGGAUAAUUUGAAUCAAAUGAAAUUAUUGGAAAAGGAACAUAUACUUGGAGUGAUGGUUCUUAAUAUAAAGGAUUUAUGAAAAAUGGUUAAAAACAUGGUUAAGGAACAUAUAUUAAUUGUGAUGGAGAUCAUCAUAUUGGAUAGUAAAAUAUAAAUAAUAUUCAAUUUUUUUAGAUUUUAUAAAGAUACUUGUCAUGGAGAUGGUACUUAUGAAUAUAGUGAUGGUAGAAUUUAUGUUGGAUCCUGGUUUCAUGGAGUAAAACAUGGAAAAGGAACACUCAAACUUCCAAAUGGAUAAAAGUAGGAAUUAGUAUAUAUUUUUGGUGAAUUAAAAAAUUGA